GUGAGAUUGAAAUUAGCUACCAUUAUGGUGGUUAUUUUGUAUUCUCGCCUUCUAGAAAAUAUGUAAACGGGAAUUUGAUAAAAACAAACAUGGACAUUGAUUUUAUUAGUUACUUUGAUUUAUUGGCUGAUUUAAAAAAGAAUUGCAACUUCGAUGUUUUUGAGGGAGAUAAGUUCUUUUAUCUGAGAGGUGAUAGAGUUGUUAGUGAUUACGAAGGGUUAGUCGAAUGUCGUGAUGAUUCGGAUGUUAGGAACAUGCUAGUUAGUUAUAAAAGGCAUAAGGAGAAGUCUAUCGAGAUUUAUGCGCUAUCAAAAGAUUGUGAUAUUUUUAUGAGUACCGAAGAAAAUAGUUCUAGAGAAAAUGCAUCAGAAGAGGUCAAUGAAGUAUUUGUGGAAGAGCUCGAAUCAGCAAAUUCAACAGGCUCAAACGUUGUGAAAAGAAAAACUAGAGGGCCUACCCGAUGCAUAAAAAUAAUCAACUUACAGGAGGGUGAAAAAUUGCCUGUAGAAUUUGAUGAUGAUGAUCAAGCUAUUGGCAAGAAUGCAACUCAAUUUACUUGGUUUUUGGGGCAAACAGUUAGAAAUCGAAUUUGUUGCCCCUUAAAAGUAAGUGGUUGGAAAGAGAUUGAGGAAGAAAAGAUCGACCAUAUGUGGGACAUCAUCUUGGAAAAAUUUAAUUUCGAUGUUUCUGAGGGAAGAAAAGGCGCAAUUCUUGGUCAUAUGAGUGACAUCUACAGAGGUUAUAGGCACAAGAUGAAAAGCAGGUAUUUCGAUUCAAAGACAACUUAUCAACUUUGCUUGCGAAACAAGCCUAAACUUGUUAACGCUGAUGAAUGGAAAUAUUUGGUCAACCUUUGGAGUGAUGCUGACUUUCAGAAAAAAAGCAUGCAGAACAAGACGAAUAGAUCGAAACGUUCAUUGCCUCCAUAUAUUGGAACUAAAAGCUAUGUGAGACUUAGACACGAAAUGGCGGAGAAAAAAGAUGGAAAAACUCCUUCUCGUGUUGAAGUUUUCAUGGAAUCUCGCAAGAGAAAAAAAGGAAAACAAGUUGAUGCUUUUCAACAAGAUGCUAUUGUAAUUUCAACGUGUUGGCUUUCCUCUUUAUCUCCUUAAAAUAUAUAUAUGCAUAGAUGUUUGAUUGACUUUUUUUUAUUGUAGGAUCAAUUUGGCCAAUUUAAAAAGCAGCAAGAAAAAGGAGAAAUUUCUUUAAAUGAUGAUGAUAUCUUUGAAAAAGUACUUGGGGCAGAAAAAAAUGGAUAUCUUCGUGCAUAUGGCCCAGGAAAAAAUAUUAGUGAAUAUUUCGGGGGUAGACCAACGAAGGUACAACUCAUAAAGCAAUUAGAAUCGACAAGAAAAGAAUCGAACGAGCGUGUGGAAGAAGUUAAAAGGGAAGCUAAGGAGCAAAUUGAAGAAAUGAAGAAAGAAACGGAUAAUAGGAUAGCAAAGUUGGAGAAACAAUGGGCAGCAAAAUUUCAAAUGUUGGUUGCAGCUCAAGGCCGACAAUCAAAUUAUGCAAAUCUAACCCUUGCGGAGUAGUAUGGAAGCAUCAAAAUCGAUGGGGACAUGAAGAAUUAUUUUUUUCUCUUGCAAAAGUAUAUUGAUAUGUUUGAAUAAAGUGAUGUUUCACUAUUUUGGAUGACAUUGUUGAACCUUUGUUACAUCUUUUUUCUAAUGUAUUGCAUUUAUACACGAUU